GCGAAUAUUGCGAACGGGGCAGCCAAAGCGAGAGGACUUCUUCGCCGCCGUGUUGACCGUUAUUAAUCAUUGUACAUUUGGCUGUCACCGAAAAAGGCCGCGAAAUUCGCAACAGUGAGAGCGAAAGAGAGCGAGCGAAAGAGAGCCAGAGAGAGGGAGCGAGAGAGCGCGACUCACGCACACGUAAAAGAAACAAAAACGACAACGACAACUACAAAACUACUAAUACCAAGGCAGGCUGACUGACCAGCACACAACCACCACUGCAGGACGCAUGAGUUUGUGUGUGAGUGAGAACGAAACGCCGCAUUUCGUGGACGUGCGACUUUAAAUUUCCCGUGACGUCGCCGCCGUCGUCGCCGUGCGGAAAUUCGCCGCGCUAAAAUCAAAAUUCACUCAAGUCCGCCGCGGUAGUUUGUCGCCGCACGCUAGCCGCUCAGGUUCGCACAUCCACGUCACAGCGACGCAGCGUCACAAUAUCACAAUAUCCUUCGACGAGCGCGAGAGAGAGGUCGCACCGCACCGCACCGCAUGUUCUGCCGCUGAAAUUCGCACGCCACAGCAGCGGUAAACAUCACGCCGCAUCGCGAGCACAGUGUUCGAUUGUGAUUGUCCGAGUGCUGUUAUCCUUGCAAAUGAGCAACAACAUUAACUGAAACUAAGAACCAAUAUCCAUGUGAACUAUAUGUAUAUGAACUAUAUAUGAACUAGAAACAUCGCCGGCCGAGAUAAGAAUAAAUUAGCUGCGCUAUCACCGAAUUUCUCCCGCCUUCGCUGGAAGAAGGCACCGAUCACUUUUCGCCCCCGGAAGUUAACUAAAAGACGCCAAGCUGUUCGACAACGGCCUGAAGUUGGAUAUUUCCAGCUACCCCCACAUGAACAUCCGCAUGGGCACGAAGGGCAAGCGUCCCCUGCGGAGCCUGACGCCGCGCGACAAGAUCCAUGCCAUCCAGAGGAUCCACGAUGGCGAGUCCAAGGCAUCGGUGGCCAGGGACAUCGGCGUGCCCGAGUCCACGCUGCGCGGCUGGUGCAAGAACGAGGACAAGCUGCGCUUCAUGUCGCGCCAGUCCGCCACGGAUAACCUCUGCGCCGACGCCCUGGGCGACAAGAUGGACGGCGGAGCUGGUGGCGGGGCAGGCGGCGGUGGUCUACUGGGUCCGCCGGAGAAACGCCAGCGAUUGGAUGGCGCCCUGCCGCUGAACUUCUCCAACAAACUGAAGUUCGAUGAGCUGGCCUUCAAGCGAUCUCCUCUGAAUGGCCUGGACUACAGUACAAACAAGAACCUGGCCGAUCUGGGGUACAAUGGGCUGCCCGUGGACUAUGCGGCCUUCAAUGGCGGGGUCAAGGCCAAAGUGUUUGGUGCCGAUAUCAAUCGACCCGCCGCCGAUCCCUCCCUGAACGCAAUUAGUCCGCUCUCGAGCUUGACGCACCUUUCGGGUCUCACGGGCAUAUCGCAGUCCCCGCUGGCGAUCAGUUUCAACGAGCUGACCACAAACCUCAACUUGCUGGCCCAGCUGAAUCCCGGUCUGGCGGCCAUGUCGGGCCUGAACAGCUUUCCAGCGGGCGCUGGUAACCUGAGGACCCCGAAGCCCACUGGCCAGACGCCGCUGCAGGUGCAGAGCCCCAGGAGCGAUAGUGGAGAUCGGUCGGCACAGGGACUGUCGGUGAAGAACUGGGCCAAACAGAAGCCGGGGGAGGGCCAGGGCAGCCUCAAUCUGAGCACCAAGAACGAGGGCAAGGGAGGCGACAUCAAGAGUCCGAGUCCUUCGAUUGCUCCUUCGCAAAUGGGCGGGCCCAUGACGCUCUCCAAUCUGGCCGACGAUCCCUUGCUCUACUGGCUCAAGUCGCAGCAGACCAUGCUGGGCCUGAAUCCACUGUAUCCGCCCACAAUACCCAUGGGCGUGACCAGUCCCCCCAUCAGAUCUUCCACGCCACAGCACAUGAGUCAGCUGGCCCAGACGCCGCCGAUACCCUCGGCUCCGCUGACACCCUCGUCCACACCGUCGGGCAGUCUGGACGAGAAGAACGCGGCCUGGUACAACUGGUGCAAGGCGUUCGGGGCCAGUCUGCACACCCUGAAUCCCAAUGCCGCCACCUUGGCCGCCCUGCAAGCCAACCAACUGCAGCAGCAGGUGGCCACCACGAGCGCAGAGGGAGGUUCCAUGGCAGAUCCCUCGAACAUCCUGUACUCCCAUCUCACGAAAGAGACUGAGACGCCGUCGGUGAGAAGUCUGUCCUCCAACGAACAGAAUCCCGAGGCAGACGAGGCCACCGAGCCCGAUCUCGACGGCGAAGUGGAGACGGAGGCGUCCGGGAAACCGGAGGAUCUCUCAGCCGCCGGCAAGGUGAUGACCCCUUCGCAAAGUCCCAUUGCCCAUUCGUCGGGCAGCCGGAGUCCCGAACCAAAGGCGAAGACCAAAACGCCAGAGACCCCGAAUCCCACAAGCGAAUGCAAAAAGAUCCUAGACAAUAUGCUGUUCAAGAUGGGCGGAAUGGAGGCCACCGGUCCUCUGAUGCCGGAACACGGAUCCGAAUCGGAGGGCAGCUUCCAGGACACCAGCAAUCCGCACACGAACAACAACGAUGUGAGUGCCAGCAAUAACAAUAACAAUAAUAACUCCAACAAAACGGACGAGGAGGAGAAGGCCAAGUAUCUGGACUGCACGGCGGACGAGGACAUCGAGGCCAUUCGGCAUGGCGAGAAGUUCCUGCAGUGGCUGGAGAACUGCAGCAAUCCCCGCGUGACCGCCGUGCAGCUGAUGCAGCUCCGUUUCCUCAUAGCCGCCAUCAAGUCGGGCAGCGAGGCGCCGCCGAUCGAGAAGCCCGGUUCGCGGUGUCCGCCGGAGGACAGCGAGGAGCACGCCGCGGAGGAGGAGGGCAGUGGGCGGGGCAAGAGUCGCCGUCGCAAAUAGGAAAAGCCAAAGUUGGCGCCCACGGAGCCAGCCACGGAUACAGAGAUGGAGGAUAGCCCCAGCGGCGCGCUGCCGGACGCAGAACCAGGACCUGGUCUCCCCGAUGCGGACGCAGAUACGGAUGCGGAUGCCGGCGAGGCUUCGACGAGGUGCCACGUGUAUGCGCCGGCCGUCUACCGAUCGUCGGCCACCCUACUCAGCUCCCUGUUCUUCCCUCCCUACGAAUUUGUACAUUGUGACCUCGACGAUGACCCCGACGACUGCCAGAUCACGGGCGAGUACCAGCAGUACGACGAACUGAGCUCCAGCAGUUAGACCACAUGGUUCCACGCCCCGGAGGACUCACUGAAUUUAUCUCCUAGCUGUGAAACCUAUCGAGCAUACUUUCAGUCUCUUUCCAUUCAAUUCAAUUCAAUUCAAUUCAAAUCCACUCCAUUGCAUUGUCUUAAUUAAUCGUACGGCUAACGUGUAUAUAUCGAGAAUCUGUAUUUGUAGCUAUUAUGCAUUUCAUUUGCACGGAAGGAGCAAUCGACUCUGUUUUGUUAGUUUGUUUUUCACCCAAUGCAUUCUAGGAAAAAUGUUAUAGCCUUAGUUUUUGUUACGAAACAAACAAUUUCGAACUGCAAGGUGUGUUGGCGCGAAUGGCAUGCAUUUGAUAUCAACGUUUUUAAAUUUCGUAUAUUGAUAACUAUGGAAAUGUGCUCAAAAGAAUUUUCUUAAUUCGAAAUUAA